AUGGGGCGAUGGCAGCAUCGGAGUCAGGGCAGCUGAUAAAUCUGAGGUAAGGUUAUUGGGCAGUAUCACUAGAGAGGCUGUAAUUGGCAAUUGUGAAUUAGUUUCAGGGGGGUACUGCGUAGCUAGCAGUCUUUAAAGUGACCAGGUUGGGUGCCAUAAGGAGUUGGUACACCAAGGUCAGGGUCUGAAUCAAAAGGCUAAAUGACAAGUUAGUACCAUUUGUGAGGGGGGAUGUCAAGGACGUAAGGACCCUGGAGGACUGUUUGAUUAUUUCUCCUAUUUUUCCGAUAUCUAGAGUUUGAGAAAUUGGACAAAAUUUCUCUGGAUGUGGAUAGUACUCACUGAAGACCCUGCUUGGUUUUUACAUUAGAGCUUACCAACAACUCUUGUUUUCUACCUGGGAUUCCAUGGGUCUGGUAUAUAGAAGAACAGGGUCUUGCAUUGCUGACAGAAGUGAUUGGUCCUUGAUCCUAACAUAUGUAUCUGGAACGACCAAUAUGGACAGCCCCCAUAUUUGUCUGACCAUUUUUUGCAAUCAUCUUUUGUCUGGUCAAAGAGGAAGCAGACAAAGAGAACAUAAUAUGUAGAAGGAAUGACAGAUAUCGGGAUGACAGCAAUUUGGACUGACUCCCAGCAUGGAGUGGUUUCCUGAUCCUAUUGGGAAAGUCUGUUUAUUAUCAGUGGGGAUUCCUUGAACCUCGAAUCUCUAGAUGUAAGUGAUACUAUGGAUGGAAACGAUCAGAUGAGAAGCCCAGGUCUAAUCCAGUGGAGUGGAGUACAGAUGCUAGAGUGGAGUUUCAUUCUUCUGGGAUUGGGGACAAGGUAGGUGGUCUCAACAUCUUGUGGAGCUUAAGAGAGCAGGGUCCAUGAAGGGCCCUACCAUUUAGGAGAGACAGCUAAGAGCUGCUGAUCUGGAGGGGACAGAAAAACUUGGUCUCAAAUGUUGAUAGGUAGUGGACAGGAGACAGCGUGUGGCCUUAGUCAGUGUUGUUCAGUAGAGUUCCAUAGGAGAGAAAGGGGGUGACAAAGUAAUGGAGUAAUUCAAUGGUCUAGGAGGGGAGCGCAUUUACUUGAAAGACCAGGAAUUAGUACUGACAUCGAUACAUGAGUUUGAAAGGUGAGACAAAAAGAGGUCACUUGGGGAGAGCUUGUAGCCUAAAAUGAGCCAGAGGUAGGAGUUUUGCCCAAUCGAAGUUCCUGUGACAGUUUGACAAGAGUGGUUUUUAGGGAGCAAUUAGUUCUUUCUGCCUUACCUGAAGAUUGAGGGUGGUAUGGAAUAUGAAAAUGCCAGGUGAUGUCUAGGGCCUUAGACAGAAUUUGAGAAAUUUGGGAAGUAAAUUCAGGACCAUUGUCUAACUGAAGGGAGGCUGAGACACCAAAUAGAGGAUGAUUUCUUGGAAGUGGAGCUCAGAAACUGUCUGAACCCUUUUGUUAGUUGUGUGAUAUGCCUCCACCCACCCCAAGAAUGUGACAAUCCAAACUAGGAGGUACUUGGCACAUUUGGCAUGUGGGUAAAGACAAGUUGCCAGUCAGUUCCAGGAAGGGAACCUCUGGCCUGAUGGGUAGAAAAAGGGGUGCUACAAUACCAGAGGUUGAAGUCUGACACUUGACAGACUUUGGAAGAGGCAGUGAUGGAUUUUAAGAAACUUAAGUCCUUAGGAGUAGGCUUCUGGUGGGUUUUAACAAAAUAAGACAAUGCCUUGCUGUUAGGAUGAAAGAUGUGGCCAAAAUAGGACAGAAUUUGUGUUAGGAAGUGAGAGUGGGGAUGUGGGUUGCAGUGUAAGAAUGUCCUGGGGAGGGUAAGACAUGUGUAGGCCCAUAAGGGCCGCAGUUCUGGCUGCCUCUUCAGCUCUGUUGUUUCCCUUGGAGACAAUAGAGUCAUUCAUCAGGUGGGAUCUGCAGUGAACAAACCCAAUAGCUGUGUGGAGAUGGUAGGCCUUUAGCAUGGCCAUAAUUUUGUUUGCAUUAGCUACUGAUCCUCCUUUAGUCAUAAGUACCCCAUGCUCCUUCCAGUUAGGGGGCCGGCAACCCUUCUCGUGGCUCAUAAAUGCUCGCUCCACCACUCCAGCUGCUGUCCUCGCCCGCUUUCCCCACCAUGGGGACGCAUCGGCGUGGGCCGGUCGGGUGCCUGGGCGCGUGAGGGGCCGAGACGGGCCAGUCAUCGUGCUCCGGUCUGGUGGGAGGUGGGCCCCGCCCACUGGGUCGGUGCGUCCUCCGCCGCCACGCAUCUGCCAGUGCGCUCAGAGAGCGACCUGCGAGGGUUGGACGGGGGAGUCAUACCGCACCCUCGGGAGCCAGUCUCAGAUCUCAUCAAAGAAGCAAAAUCUAGUGUCACUCGUGAAGGGAAUCUAUUGAAGCACAAGCAAAUUACCAAGGCAAUACACCCCCCCAAAAUGAAUGAUUCUUCAUUCACCAGUAGCCAUCAAAUGUCAAAAGCCCCUCAAUAUGGCAUUGUCAAGGAUUGCACACACCAUCUAAGCCCUGACUCUAACUGGCUUGAUCAUGUGAAAGUAUUGUGUUAACACAGGUGCUAUGAGUUCAUGAGUGUGAUAACCAUGAGCACCAGAGGACAGCUUUUCAUACUCUGUACCGAACAGCUAUCACAAUUUUCUUGAUACAAUAGAGAUCAAUUCAAUGUUCAUUGCAAGAAGGCAGGAACAUACUCAUAUAAUUAUGAUGGAGAUGUUAUUAAAAUUUUAGUUUCUAAAUGCAUUUUAUUUAUGUAAAAUUCCAGAAAAUUUUAUUUCUGUUUAUGGUCUGAAACAUCUUCUUUUCAUUCAUAACAAAAACAAUGAUAGUUCUAACUUUUGAAAUGACAUUAUAAUAUAAUGUAUAUGUAUCAAACUUUUCUAAAUUUGUGUGCAUGUGCAUCCCAUUUUUAAGAGUAUUAAGUUUUUUUUAAUGUUUUCUAGCUGUAUUAAUACGAUCAUAAGAUUUUCUUUUUAAGUAAAAUAACUUAUGCAUUAUUUUACUAACAUAGUCUUAAUUUUAUAUCUCAAAUAUUAUUUUCUAUUGAAUACAUAGAUGAAUUUUACUUGUUAACAUUUGGUUGAUCAAUUAGUUCCUUGUUUAUUAAAUUGUAAAUUUAUACUUUUGUGUUGAAAUUAACUUUUGUAAAGUUUGCAUACAUAAUUUUCAUAUUUAUUCAGUUGAUAUCACAUGAUUCAUAAAAUUCUUUCUCUUCAAAUAACUACAACAUAGAUUUUGAUUAGUUUAAUGAACAAAGACUAUUAAAUGGACCUGUAGAAAUUAUUGAUUUGAAUAUUGAUUUGAAUAACUAUAGAGAAUAAUUUGAUAUUAAAUACUGGGUAGGAGUGUGGGACUGCAUUUUAACUAUCUGAAUUAUGCUGUUUCAAGGUGACUUUUUUUAUAGAUAUGUACAGCAUUAACAUGACUUAUAUUCAAAUCA